AUGGCAGGUGGAGCUUUUGUUGAUACAAGUGGAGUGAGACAUUAUGAAGGAAAAGUAACUGCCUUCGUGUUGAUUACAUGUUUUGUAGCUGCAAUGGGAGGUCUUCUUUUUGGUUAUGAUCUCGGUAUUACAGGAGGAGUGACUUCUAUGGAUGAAUUCUUAGUUAAAUUCUUUCCAUCUGUGUAUAAGAAAAUGAAAGAUGAGACACAUCAAACAAGUCAAUAUUGCAAAUUCGACGAUCAACUUCUAACGUUGUUUACAUCUUCCUUAUACCUCGCAGCAUUGGUCGCUUCUUUCUUUGCUGCCACAACUACGAGAGCAUGGGGACGCAAGCCCUCAAUGUUUCUUGGUGGAUUUUUUUUCUUAGUAGGUGCAUUAUUAAACGGAUUAGCAGUUAACAUUGAAAUGUUAAUCAUUGGUCGUCUACUUCUAGGAUUUGGCGUUGGAUUUUGUAAUCAGUCUGUACCAGUGUAUUUGUCUGAAAUGGCUCCGGCGAAUAUUAGAGGAGCACUCAACAUUGGCUUUCAAAUGAUGAUUACAAUUGGUAUUCUAGCUGCAAAUCUUAUCAAUUAUGGCACGUCCAAGCUAAAAAAUGGAUGGAGAAUCUCUUUAGGUCUUGGAGCAGUGCCAGCAAUUGUUUUAUGCAUUGGAGCUCUUUGUUUAGAUGAAACACCUAACUCCUUGAUUGAAAGAGGAGAUCAUGAAAAAGCAAAAUCAAUGUUGAAAAAGAUCCGUGGCACUCAAAAUGUCGAUGAGGAAUUUCAAGAUCUUGUUGAUGCUAGCGAGGAAGCUAGUAAGGUGGAUCAUCCAUGGAAGAAUAUUUCUCAACCACAAUAUAGACCUCAACUCACUUUUUGCUCCUUCAUUCCAUUCUUCCAACAACUUACUGGAAUUAAUGUCAUCAUGUUUUACGCUCCCGUUCUUUUCAAGAUCUUAGGAUUUGGUGAUGAUGCUUCACUCAUGUCUGCAGUUAUUAGUGGUGGUGUCAAUGUUGUUGCCACACUUGUUUCUGUCUUCACCGUAGACAAGUUUGGAAGAAGGAUAUUGUUUCUUGAGGGUGGCACACAAAUGUUUGUUUGCCAGGUUAUAAUUGGAAUCCUGAUUGCUGCAAAGUUUGGAUUGACUGGACAAGGAUCAUUUACAAAAACUGAAGCCGACAUCCUUUUGUUCUUUAUUUGUGCAUAUGUUGCAGCAUUUGCAUGGUCAUGGGGACCAUUGGGUUGGUUAGUUCCCAGUGAAAUAUGUUCUCUUGAAGUUCGACCGGCAGGUCAAGCUAUAAAUGUUGCGGUGAACAUGUUCUUCACAUUUAUCAUUGCUCAAGUCUUCUUAACCAUGCUUUGUCACUUGAAGUUUGGUCUCUUCUUUUUCUUCGCGGGUUUUGUGAUCAUCAUGACCGUUUUCAUUGCCCUACUUUUACCUGAGACCAAGAAUGUUCCUAUUGAAGAAAUGAAUAGAGUGUGGAAGUCACAUUGGUUUUGGACCAGAUUUGUUCCAGAUCAAGUCGUUGUUGGUGGUAAUAACAAAAAGAGUUCUCCAUGA